CUGCUUCCUUGACCACUCCCAGGCCGCCAUGGACGUUCUCCGUUUCGCCACUACACAAUCUCCCAAUCUCCGUUGCAAACCCCUGCCGCCGGCCGCUGCCAUUGCUCCCAAUUACACCGUCAAGCCCGCCGAUGUAAGGAGAGCGACUAGCGGAGCUUCAAUUCGCGCUGCGCUCUCGAGGCCGGAGGCGCAGGUUUUGUCCGCCACGCCCACAGCCGCCGAGAAGCAGUUGCGGCCUGCGACGCGGCCUGACUUGCCGGUAGUGUCUCCGGCCUCCUUGACCAGUGAGCCUGGAUGCGUUAUUCCGAAUCUGGCUUGCCACGAUGGAAAUGAGCCCUAUAGCUACAAAGCUGUAGAGUAUUUGACCGCGAUAUUGUCAUCUAAGGUUUACGAUGUAGCGUUUGAGUCGCCAUUGCAGCUCGCCUCGAAGCUCACAGCGAGGCUGGGGAACAAAAUCUGGCUCAAAAGGGAGGAUCUCCAACCUGUAUUCUCAUUCAAACUUCGAGGAGCUUAUAAUAUGAUGGCUAAACUCCCAAGGGAGGUAUUGGAUAAAGGAGUUAUCUGUUCAUCUGCUGGUAAUCAUGCCCAAGGGGUUGCUUUAUCUGCACAGAAACUUGGGUGUGAUGCUGUGAUUGUAAUGCCUGUUACUACACCUGAGAUCAAGUGGAAAUCAGUUGAGCAAUUAGGGGCUACUGUUGCUCUUGUGGGGGACUCGUAUGAUGAAGCACAAGCAUAUGCAAAAAAGAGGGCUGAAGAGGAAGGGCGCACAUUCAUCCCUCCUUUUGAUCACCCUGAUAUCAUUGCUGGGCAGGGUACAAUUGGAAAGGAGAUCAUAGGCCAAUCAAAAUGUCCAAUACAUGCAAUAUUUGUUCCUGUUGGUGGUGGGGGGCUUAUUGCAGGUAUUGCUGCCUUUGUGAAAAUGGUUAAUCCAGAAGUAAAGAUAAUUGGAGUUGAGCCAUAUGAUGCAAAUGCUUUGGCAUUAUCAUUACGUCAUGGUGAAAGAGUAAUGCUGGACCAAGUAGGAGGUUUUGCAGAUGGUGUAGCAGUCAAAGUGGUAGGUGAAGAAACCUUCCGGAUAUGCAGAGAGUUAGUAGAUGGAGUAGUUUUUGUUGGCCGUGAUGCUAUGUGCGCCUCAAUAAAGGAUAUGUUUGAAGAGAAAAGGAGCAUUUUAGAGCCGGCAGGUGCUCUUUCCCUUGCAGGAGCUGAAGCAUACUGCAAGUACUACAACCUCAAGGACCAAAAUAUAGUAGUAAUAAACAGUGGAGCUAACAUGAACUUUGAUAGACUAAGAUUGGUAACUGAACUAGCAGAUGUUGGUAGACAACGUGAAGCUGUUCUUUCAACCAAUUUGCCUGAAGAGCCAGGCAGUUUCAAGAAAUUUGUUGAACUUGUGGGGCCCAUGAACAUUACUGAAUUCAGAUACAGAUACAGUUCUGGUCAAGGACAAACUCUGGUACUAUACAGUGUUGGUCUUCAUAAAAAAAUGGAACUUGAUGCAAUGGUGGAUAGGAUGACACUCUCUCAAUUUCAUACCAUUGAUCUGACAGAUAAUGACCUUGUCAAAGAUCAUCUACGCCAUUUGAUUGGUGGCCGAUCUAGUGUACAAGAUGAACUUCUUUGCCGGUUUGUUUUCCCAGAGAGGCCUGGUGCCCUAAUGAAAUUUUUAGACGCUUUCAGCCCACGAUGGAAUAUAAGUUUGUUCCAUUACCGUUCACAGGGAGAAGCUGGUGCAAAUGUGCUGGUCGGUCUUCAAGUUGCCAGCAACGAGAUAGAUGAGUUUAAGCAACGAGCCAACAAUCUGGGUUACGAGUAUGCUGUGGAAACCUGUAACGAGGCUUUCCAACUCUUGAUGCAUUAAACAGGUCCAUCAGAGUAUCGCUCAUGCUUAGGCGCAAAAGUUUUAUGGCAUUUUACAAUCCUAUAGAUUUCCCUAGAAAUCCGUUUUCAGCAGUACUAUUAAGGUUAUGUAAAACCUAUUGGCUAUUGUGCCACGCUAUGACUCUAGUAUUCCUUGGCAUUAUUUCUUGAUGUUUUUAGGCCUGCAUUUCAUGUUACUUCCCUUAUGUAUUUUCAUAAUGCAGCAUGUAUUGUGCCCUUUUAUCAUCACCGUAUAAUGUCAUAUUGUAUGUGUACAAA